CGAAGGCGGGCCGACAAUACUCCGAAGUGUUUGGCGCUGUUCCAAAAAUAACCCUCGGCAACCUUUAGAGGUUGCGUCACCUGGUUUGAUCCGCUCGCCUCCGCCCACGGUACUGUACUGGUACAUGGCAGCAGCCUGUGAAUUGCGUUGUUUUAGUUGUACCACUUAGGCCUCCUUUGUUCCUCUCCUGUUGGCUUCUUCGGCUCCCUUGCCUCAUCACUCCCUUGCCUCAUCAUCCUUCGUUCUUCGUCCACAUUUCUUUCUCUUCAUCAGCCCUUCGACGAGCUGUUGAAAUACUGUCUACCAAAACUUUUCUUAUCAACUCAUAACUUUCCUCUUGCUGAUUACUAUUUUCUUUUGUAUCGUCUAAUUCAUUUUAGGGAUGAUGCUCCCCGCUCUUUUGGCCGCCAGCGUUUUGGCGCUGCCAGCUUCGUCCUUCUUGAUCACAGGUCCCGCUUUCCGAGAGGUCAACGGCAAACCGCACCUGGUGUAUGAUGCCAAUGUCAAUAAACUCGAACUGAAUGUGAAAUGUAUUGAGUGUCCGUUCCCCCAGUUCACCAGUGAGGAAAGCCUUCUCUGGGAUGAUGGGUUUGAUAGCUUGAUGGACCUUAACUUCACUACUGAAGGCACCCGACUGCUUGUGAACAAGGGACAGCUUUAUCCCAUGUUCAACCUCCCUGUUACCCUCGAAACCGUUCUACAUCGUCAGUACGAUGACAAGACAUCUUUCCCUCUGCCCAUCGGCUAUGUGUUCGAACGCCUGGCCGUUCAGUCUACCAAUGAUAAGAGUGGUUCUGAACUACUUCAUUUCAACUUCAUGGUCAUCGACGUUGCCGGAUUUCCAGUUCCAGCGGAUGCUGUCAGCCUACGUGUGCUCAAGCUACCGGAUGGCACCCUCUUCAUGCUCGGUGCGGAUAUUGAAGAAGCGGCCCCGAAGAUGUCAUGGCGCCAGUGCCGCAGAAGGCCCAAGUGCUUGAAGAAGCUCAUCAUCGCUCGCAUUCGUGCAAUUAUAGAAGCAGCAAAGGCUAGGGCAAAGGCUGCUGCUGAGAAAAUUAAGGGAUGCGCUGGCAUGAAGGGCGUGACCCACCCAGCUGGAAGCCAUCACCAUGGUUCCAAGGACCAUUCAUUUGCCCGGGCAUUUGCUCGAUCACUUCACAUUGUUAUUGUUCCUGCUCUUCUUGGCCUGUCAGCGGCCCUCUUUGCCUGCAGUGUUGGCUUCAUUGUUGGUCAUGGAAUUGCAGCUUUGUGGGCUCGUUAUCGCCGCUCUUCACGCAACUGCAACAAUGCUCGUGUUGAGAAUGGUGAUGACAUUGAGAAGGAGCCCUUAUUCGUCCCCGAGGAUGAUGAGCUCCCGCCGCAGUACGAGGACAAGGACCAUGGAGACAUUGCUCUUCCCGCGGAAAAGGAGUAGAAGUAUUCAUGAUCAAACUAGCCUGCGUUGACUCGCCUGCAACAUACGGAUGUCGAUGGCUAGCGAGAGAUUGAGUGGCGAUAUAUUAAGGGUUUCUACGUUGUUUCUUUUGUUACUGAUUGUCUCGUUUCGAAGGCGUUAGAACUGAAAUUUCUUUACAAAUGUUAUCAACUGUCACUCACUGGGCAUUUUUCGCCUUUCCUUUUAACUCCCUGCUCUCUUUUCAAAAUUCUUUCGCAGGUAUCCGUAACUUCUGGUUCCCUUUGUAUUUCAUCUUGUUCUUCAAUAUUAUGUCUAAACUUUGAGGUAGGUAGUUUCUUUUACAAUUUUGCCAUGAAUCUAGCUUUUAAACACGUUCGAGUUCCCUCAACUGCCCACAGUUUACAAGUAAUUGGUGCGUAAAUGAUAACUGCCUGCCUGUUUCCCCUUUCUGUAUAUCCUGUCACAUUGGAUUCCAAGAGAUUUGCAGUAAUGACACACCUACGCUGUAUAUAUGACCGCCCAAGAAAGUGCAGAGUUGAUUAGUACUCUCUCUUCGAUUUCCUCAAAGUUGUGGAACUACAUUAAUCUUAGUAUUAACAAUACACACCCCAGCAAGCACCGGCAUAGAGUAUGUAAGCAUGAGUUAGUUGGCCUAGGAUUCAUUCUUUAUUCGAAUGAACAGCUGGACAUGUAAUCACAGCCCUACCGCCGGAAAGGAAUAACAAUGUGCCGACUCCACUUUGCUUGAGC